GACACAUACAGAGUAGAAUAGUGUAUUAUCUGAUGAAUAUUCACAUCACUCCACGUUCAAUCUACCUAACUCGACAUGGAGAAAGCAAAUUCAACCUACAAGGUCGUAUUGGUGGUGAUUCUGAACUGUCUGAAAGGGGUUGGGAGUAUUCACGAGCACUUGCCAAAUUUAUAGUAGACCAGAAAAUUCCACGUUUCCGGGUGUGGACGAGCCAGCUUCGUCGAACAAUUCAAACAGCCUCGGGAAUAGAAGCCCCACAAGAACGCUGGAAGGCCUUGAAUGAAAUAGAUGCUGUAAGUUGUUGUGGCCAAUAG